AAACCCUAACUGGCACAUAUAUAUAUAUAUACUCCCAAUUUAUGAUCUUUAUCUCUUCCGCCUCAGCAUUGCGUCUUCGCCAAAACCCUAAUCAAACCUAUUCUAGUCUAUCCUAGCAGCAAGAAUGGCAGAACGUGGCGGUGAGCGUGGAGCUUUUGGGCGUGGGUUUGGCCGCGGCCGUGGUGACCGUGGAGGCCCUCGUGGCCGCCGCCGCGCUGGCCGUAGAGAGGAGGAAGAGAAGUGGGUUCCAGUCACUAAACUCGGUCGUUUAGUUAAGGAGAAUAAGAUCAGAAGCCUUGAGCAGAUCUAUCUCCACUCUUUACCGAUCAAGGAGUACCAAAUUAUUGACCAACUAGUCGGCCCCUCCUUGAAGGAUGAGGUCAUGAAAAUCAUGCCGGUUCAGAAGCAAACUCGUGCCGGUCAGAGAACCAGGUUCAAAGCUUUUGUUGUCGUUGGAGAUGGUAACGGCCAUGUGGGGCUCGGUGUUAAGUGCUCCAAGGAAGUGGCUACCGCUAUUCGAGGGGCCAUUAUAUUGGCAAAACUUUCCGUUAUUCCGGUGAGGAGAGGAUACUGGGGUAACAAGAUCGGUAAGCCACACACUGUACCCUGCAAGGUUACCGGGAAGUGUGGUAGUGUUACCGUGAGAAUGGUGCCAGCCCCUCGUGGUGCUGGGAUCGUGGCUGCUAGGGUUCCCAAGAAAGUCCUUCAGUUCGCUGGGAUUGAGGAUGUUUUCACUUCGUCACGUGGCUCUACCAAGACUCUUGGAAAUUUUGUUAAGGCAACUUUUGAGUGUUUGUUGAAGACAUAUGGAUUCCUCACUCCUGACUUUUGGAGGGAGACCCGAUUCCUGAAAUCUCCAUUCCAAGAGUACACUGAUCUCUUGGCAAAGCCUACUGGCAAGCUGCUCAUCGCAGAGGAUCAUGGAAUUGAUGCUUGAGCUACUUUAGGUUUGUUGAAUUUUGGUCAGCCUUUUAGUAUAGACUACAGUUUGUUUGUUUCAAAUGUAUGGUUUUUUUUGGACAAUUCUGUUUUAAGAUUUUGACAUUUGAAUCAAAUUAUGGUUGGAUUUGUAUGGAUA